AUAAGGCCAAGUUCAAUUAAGAACCAGAAGAUGAGAAUUAGAAGUCUAAGCCAGUUUAAGAUAUCUUCUCGACGAUGAGGUGCGACAACUUAUUUUUUUACGCAGUGUUAUUGGGUUUUAAUUCUUGGUUGACGGUUUGCAAUGGAACCAUAUUGAACUCAAACGAAAAAGAAGCAAAGCAAUUUGCACUAGAGACAAGUGACAAUAUUUUUAAGUUCUACGAUGCUUUGCGAUUGGACACAAAUUUGAUAAAUGACAGUGAAAACCAAAACAGAACUCAAAACAUCUUGAAUGAGGCGCAGUUCUUGGUGGAUAUUGUUCAAAAAGCCAAAAAGUUUGAUUUCAAAAAUUUCAAAGAUCAAGAACUAAAGCGUGCUUUUGAAGCAAUUGUAAGAAUCUCUGAUGAAAUGGUUAUAGGGGCAGAGCAAUUUUUGGAAAUAUGGAAUUCAUUAAUCGAGCUCAAAGAAUUGGAAGCAUACACGAGCUAUGAUUGCUUUAAGGAAUGUGGUGGUAAUGGAAGUAGCAUCGGAGCAGGGGAGGUUAUGCAGCUAAUGACAAAUUCUGAGAAUCCAGAGGAAUUGGAACAUUAUUGGAAGCAAGUUAGAAAGACAACAGCAGAAUGGGCAAAGAAGAAUAUGCAUAUGCUUGUCGAUGGAUUGAAAAAAGCUGCUAAUUUAACAG